AUGGACCCACAUCACCUAAAUCAGUCUUCAAAUUUAAAUCAAAACCACACAACCUUCACCAAUCAGUUCGCCCAUCCGCUUCGUCAUAUGAAUCAAGUCUUUCCUGGCCAACAAUCACUGAACGCUACAUUUGAUCCUAUGCACUUCGAUCCUACUCAUGUUGGAGCAAACUCACAAACUGGGUUCACUGGGUUCGAUUCACCUCACUUCGAUCUACCUCAGUUUGAUCCGAAUCAAUCAGCACCAAACCAAAUUCCUCGCAUCCAUCAACCUCAACCACAAGGUGGACGUAUUUCAACCUUGUCGCGCCUUGAGAAUGAGGUGGAAUCAAACACCGAACAGCUCUCUGCAGCUUCAGCUUCGACCACUGCUCAAGACGCUAACAACUCAAAGAAAAAGAAUUGCAAAACCAAGAAAACUAAAGCUCCAGCUGUUGAUUCAACCCGUAUGAUCGUUGAUGAAUUCAUGUCCAAGGACGUCUUUACAGAAAUUGGAGGAAUUACUUUAGAUGGACAAACUCGAAGUCCUGAGGAACUCAUGGCUCAAAAGUCUUUGGGCCAGCUUCGUCAUUCUGCAGAAAAUGUAGGCAAAGGGAAUUUAUCAGAGGAGGAUGAGAUUCAUUUUAUGAAUUUUCACGAUAAUAUCACAAAGUCGAUGGCAAUCAACUGUCUUGCCAGAGGUGUCAAACUGUCCGCGGUUGAAACCUUCUUAGGCCACAAGAAGCCUUUCCGAGACUUGACUCGAUGGCACGGCUUUCAGCAAGCCCCUGAAAAUCGACAGAUCUGCCGUGAUUGUGAGUUCUGGGCUGAAAAUCAACUGAUCACAUGUCAAACACUCACACCUGUUGGUUCCUAUGUAGAUAAGGGUGUUAAAGAUGGUAAAGCCACUACAGCUCUCAAGCGAAAAUACGAUCAACUGACCGAGGAAGAGAAAGACACUUACAAGCCAAAAUCUAAGCUAGCGGUUAUCAUCGACGAGAUAGAAGCGUCGAACGUUGGUGGUACUGGUCAAGAAUCUUCUAACGGUGCUGGUGAUGGUCAAGAUUCUCGUAACAUUGGUAGUGCUGCUCAAGAAUCGACUUCAGCGGUUCGUUUCAAGUCUCGGUCUUUUGCUACGGAUUCAGAUAAAAUCAUCAAGUGGUUACGAGAAGCCAACAUACAGUUGCGUCGACUUUGUGCCACUUAUCAUCUUGAAGGUGUUAUCAUGGUGGUGUCCACGCAUGUCUCUCAUGGCUCUGUUCAGCUUUUCCGAGGAACUCAGGGUGCGAUCAACUGGCACGACGCCACCAAAGCAUUGAAACCGCAAGACAAUUGUUUGGCUAACCUGCAAGCGUAUGUCCUGGGUAGGAAGGUAGGUCUGGAGAGUCUGGUUGACAACAAACCAAAAACAGACAAAUCUCUAGCUAAAGCACAAUUAGGACAGAUGCUUUCUGAUUUUACCAACGGCAAACACACCCAAUGGCCUUGGAAAAACUGUGUAUCGACCCUGAAAAGUUGGGGCUAUGAGGUCUUGAUGUUGCCAGGCGCUGCUUCGGAUCUUAAUUGGAUCACCGGCCUAACAGGCAGUAAUGCGCUCACCAGUAUGAACGCACGACUCAUCCUCAAAGACUUGAAUGGUGACAUGAUCCAACUUAAGCGAAAUAUAGAAUCUGCUGUCCCAGCUUCCCUUGAUCCGAAUAAUCCUGCAGAUCAAGACAACUUUGAAGGAGAGAAUUCUAAUGACCUUUGA